AUGGCAUCACAGAAAGCUACCUUCAAUGGCUAUGUCCACUCAACUCGAGACGCGUUGCUCAUCUUCGAGGCGGUACGACGCGGCCUGCUGCCCAAGAUCACACGGCGCCUCCGCGACGAUGAACGAAAAAUGAUCGGGAGCGGCACCAUCUUCGUGUUUGACGAGGUCGAAUCCAGCAUCAAGAGGUGGACGGACGGUAUGAUCUGGAGUCCAAGCAGGAUCCUGAACAACUUCCUUGUCUAUCGAGAAGUGGAGAGGAAGGAUCCAAAGCCUGCUUCUGAUCAGCCUGCUUUCUCCGCGACACAGUCCAGCUUCGCCAUGCAUGGCGGUAGUCAGUUUUACAGCGGCGGCGGCGAGACCAGCGGCGCGAUGCAACAUCCCUCGGUCCGCUCAGUGGCUCUUACUCUGAUGCCCAACGCUGUGGAUGCUGACGGACAGAUGGCUCACUACAAGCAGGACCAUGGCGGUGGCUAUCAUGCUCUCGAAGGCGUUCCUGCCUCUUCCAACGCAAUGUACGCGGAGCACGAUGGCUCAUUCUCCAACCACGCUCACCACAGCCAGACGCACGCGGAAGCAGCUGGCCUGGUAGGGUUGAUGGACGACUGCGCCGGCCCGUCGUCAGCAGUUAAGCGUGAAGCAGAGCUGGACAGAACGAUUGUCGGGAGCUUGACCACAAGCUACCCUUUCCUGAAAGACGGACUUUGCAAGAAGACCAUCUCUAUCCAGGUCGAAGGUUCCACGCAGCAUCUCAUCUCGUACUACAAGAUCGACGAUGUGCACAACGGACGAUUGGCGAUACCCUCUAAUCUUCCCGAGAUCUCCUCACUCGCCAUUUCGCCGAUCUUCCUCAACAAAAGUAACUUCCGCUACCCUCCCAUCGUCGAGUUCGACGCUGAUGGCGUGCCGCGUUACGUCGCUGAGUCGACGGACAACGCAGCCCGGACGCCUGGUCACGUCAGUAGCGGCACAGAAAGCUACUCUUCCGGCUCCGAGGCGCGCCACGAUGGGCUCGUCAGGGCUACGAGUCGCUCGCUCUCUAUUUAUUCGCCUGGACUUCCACCUGAAGGAGGGCACAUCGAGCUGCACACUCAUCAUCGUUACCCGCAUCAGAUCGGUGGUGAUGGCAUGGUGCCCGCCUCAGCAACGCUACCUCCUUCGACCUCUCCGACAGGAUACAGAAGCCGACGCUCAUCGGAUGCUCCACGUCGCCGCGCCAACUCACGAUACGGUCCAUAUCAGCAUCCGUUUGGACAUGGCAUGCCUGCGGCUCAGCUGUACACGAGCUCGUCGUCAAACGAACAUGCGCCGCUCUCCCCCUCAGAACGUCGAGGUCUCUUUGGCCCCUCACGCAGCAACGACGAUAUUGGGCAGUUGCACCCUUCGGAACAACAAGCUUUCGCUAUGCCGCGUCAAGAUGCUGCUCUCUUCGGGAUCGGGCAAGUUGGGCACACACGUGGUGCGAACGAUAUGGCUCACGGAUAUGCUAUGAACCAGCAGCAUUCUUCGAUGGACCAAGGCCUUCAGCAGCAGGGCAAUGUCCAGCCUUCGUUUCAGACUGCGCCCAUGAUGCCCGUUGUGCCUAGUCAGCCUUUUCGCAACCAAGCCGGCUAUCUACCGAUCGCGGAUCACAUGCAUGGCAGGUUCGACAAUGGAGCGGUGAAGCAAGAGCAGGGCGAUCCUUUCCACUUCUCAUCGCGCAUGCCUCGAGGCAGCUGGGACUCGAAUCAGCCAAGUCACUCAAACUCCUUUCUCCACACCAUGCAGCAACCACCUGCUACCAGCCAAGGAUUGACAGCAAUGUCCGUUCACAGCCAUCCGAGUUUUGGCGGACCGGUAUACGGACGCACAGCUGGGUCCCCGCCGCAGACCAGCUCGUCUCUCGACAGCAGACACUCGUACAUGGGCGGUGGAGCAGUGCACGCAACCGGGCGCAUCGAAGAGUUGGGCGACGGAAUGCAUCCCCUUACAGCUAGUCGACUCGAGGACGCGGAUUACUCUUCGCGGCCGAUCUCACGCGCUGGCGAAGGAGGUUAUGUCGGUGAUCUCGACUCAGCAGGAGUAGUUCGCUCCGGAGCAUUGCAAGCCGUUCACGGGCCCUCGAAUCCCAACAGUCCGUACCCUCGUACUCAUCACCACCAGCAGCAUCAGCAGCAACAAUAUCAACAGCAUGGUCAUGACAGCUCAGAGGGGUACCCUGAGGGGCAGAUGUCGUUAUACCAACAACAGUCCAACAACCACCAUCUCAGUCACGAGAACGCUCAGAUCGAGCAGCAGGGCUUUGGUCGAGCCGGCCAUGAUACGUACGAAUCGACGGAGGCAUACACUUCGAACAACUUUGGCAACCAAGCAGCUCACAACGAGCAGACAUGUUCGGCCGAUCCUGAUGCGAACCAAGACUUCUCAUCGCGGCCGGGCACUUCUCACGACCAAGGAUACCAGCAGUUUGGCGAGGAAGGAGUGGACGGUAACUCGACAAACGACUCUGGGUUGGAAAGGGUGAUGUUGACCCGACCUGCCUCCUAG